CGAACUGUAACUUGGCAACGGGACGCUGUUUUGAAGUGUGGUCUAGGAAGGCGCACGCACCAAACCAACAUGUCCAGUGCUGAAGAAAACCCGACUGUUGAGGCCUCAGAUAAUGCACCUAACACUGCGCUCACAUUAAAGGAGGAGGCUGAAAAUGAAAGACCCAUCUCAGUGUUAUCCACACAGAGUGACCAUGAACAGGAAAAUGAAGAAAGGGCUAUGAAGGAAGAAGAAGAAGAGGAGCCUACAGUGCACCAUCUAUCAAAAGAAGAGCCAUCUGAAGCAGUAAGCUUGGAGGCUGUGGAUCAAAUCUUUGAAAGCAAGCAGGAAAACGAAGAAGGCAGUAUAGCAGAUGAGGAGGUGGAUAAAAUAAGCCAGCAUAGUGAAAGUGAGAGUGGAACCGUGGUUGACAGCCAGAUGGUGCAGGAAGAUACUGGUACUCCAAGAGAAGAAAAGAAUAUGGAAAAGAAGGAGGAAGAAGAAGGCAACCAAAUCAAUGAAGAUGAAAGGUUAAGCUCACAGAAGAAUCUGAACAAUGAGGGUGCCAAGCUAGGAGAGGAGGAGGAGGAUGUGAAAAUUCAUUUACCUGCUGAAGGCACAGACCCAGAUGAUCAAGCCGAUAAGCUGAGCCACCUGAGUCAACAAAGUGGCAGACUGAGCAAUGAUGGCGAUGAGCUUUCUCACAGGGAAUCUGAGACUGGCAAUGAGAUGCAAAUGGCUCAUCAGCAGCCAGAAUCUAAUGUAACCUCACCAGACAACUCCUUGGUUUACACUGCCACACCUGGAAUGCUGUUUGAACAGAAGGAAGAAUCUCUUCUCAGAUCACACCCCUUGAAUAUUAACUGGGCUCUGGGGUUAAACCAUCACCUUCCAGUGUAUACCCUGCAAGAUGCAGAAACAACUGUCCUGUUAUAUGGAUGUGCACAUACUGCUGUGAUCUAUGAUUCUCAGAAAAUGGCACAGCACAUUCUGCAAGGUCAUCUUAGCACUGUUUCAUGUCUGUGUAUCAGUGAAGAUCGGCGAUGGGCUGUCACAGCAGAUAAAGGUCACGAGAGCCUAGUGAUUAUAUGGGACACAUUCUCAGGAAUCCCAGUGCAAACCUUGUUUGACUGUCACCCUGGUGAAGGAGUAGAAGCCAUGGCAAUGACACCAGAUGCCAAAUAUCUGGUAACAGUGAGUGCUGGAGCUGUUCAGGAGAUUUGCAUCUGGGACUGGACUUCAGACAGAGAAGGACCCAUCUGCAGCACCAAACUACAUCCAGACUGUGGUGUUCAGACUCAUAUUUUAUUUAAUCCAAGUGACUGUAUGGAACUCAUCAGCAACAGCGAAAGCCAAGUUGUCUUUUAUUCUUGGCACAAUGAACAGCUGGAAUAUGAAACUCCCAGCCUUACAGAAAAGACUUUUAACAAGGUUGUCGGAUCUUUGAGUCAGUCGAUUUACCAUUUCAAAGCUUCUCAGGCCCUCUCAGCCACUUCAGCAGGAAACGUAGUCAUCUGGGAUGUGGUUCACAUGUCAGCAGUCUUCAAGCCACACAAUAAAAAAGCUAUAAAACUAAUGCAUCUGCAGAAAGAGGCCAUUACUGUGCUAACUCUUAGUGACAGCUAUAUAGUUACGGGUGAUGUUAAAGGUCACAUAAAGUUUUAUGAUGAACAACUGAGGCUAAUUAAUUGGUUUAGCCGCUUCAAUCUGGCCUCAAUUCGUUCCAUUUGCUUUUCAACUGAGCCACCAAACCCACUAGGCAAAGAGGAUUACUUGAAGGACUGUACCAUCACUGCGAGUCAAUUUAUUGUCAGGAACUUUGUUGUUUUGACUGCUGAAGCUAAAGUGGUCCAUAUAAGUGCAAGUGGAACACACAUGGAGACGCUUCUGUAUGAGCACUGGGACACACUGCACGCAGUGGCUUGUCACCCUGUCUAUCCUCUUGUUGCUAUGGGAAGUUACUGUGGACUCCUGAACCUGUGGAACUACAAAUUGAAGAAGAAUGUCUGUAGCAGGAUCUUCAAGAAUGAUAAAGAAAUUCAGAGCCUGACAUUUGAUCUCCAAGGUUCUCUGUUAGCCGUUGGUUUUGUCAAUGGGGCUGUUUACAUUCUUGAUGCUCUGACUCUGGCAACUGAAUGUGAAGAGCCUUUCACAUUUGCUAAAGGGGCCAUAACCCACAUGGCCUUCUCUGGAGAUUCUCAGUACCUGGCUACUGCAGAUUCUGAGGUUGUUGUAACUGUUUUUAAACUUUCCCCUCAAAACGGAAAGCAAUGCUGGGAGCUGUUAGGAAGGCAUCAUUCUCACUAUAAAACCAUACAGGAUAUCAUGUUUGUGGAUGAUCUGGACAGUGGUCUUCCAAGGCUCUUGUCUCUUGGCAUGGACCAAUUUUUAGUAGAGUAUGACCUAAUCAACAGCAGCAAGGAUGACCUUCGCAUACUGGCUAGUGAUCGGAUUGAGCAGAGUGCUGUACCAUACUGCAUGACUGUGUACCCUGCCAUAACGAAAGAGAAUUUUAUCCUCACUGCCAAUGAUCAAUUUAAGAUGAAACUCUAUAAUUCCACCACCAAAAUGUGCAGAAAAACACAACUGGGACCAACAUAUGGGUCUCCCAUAAAGAAAAUGCAAGUCUUGCCAGGCUUCACUGACACCGAGUCCUCUGCCAGCUAUCUCGCGUACAUCACCAAUGACAAGAUUGGACUCCAGAUCUUACCAGUAGAUGGGAAUCCCCACAGAUCGUCUGCCCUUAUUUGUCAUGCUGAAGGAGUCUCUUCAUUUACCUGUUCCUGUGAUGGAAAAUACAUAUUUACAGCUGGAGGAGAAGACUGCAUUGUUUAUCUUUGGGAAACAAACUUGAAUGCUCUUGAAGCUGCAGCCACCCUUGGGGGAAAAGACCUUGACCCAUUCUAUGAGCUCAUAAAUGGAGGAAGAGAUGGAGAGCUUUUCCGGGAGCUUGAGGAUUACUUUUAUUACUGCCAGAUACGUUGUCAAGGUAUUGACUGCAUGGAGCCCCGGCAGGUGUCUACAACAAUCCCCCUCUCGGAAGUUCCCUUUGUGAUGAGAGCGCUCGGUUUUUACCCAACAGAACAAGAGAUUGAUGACAUGCAAAAUGAGGUCAAGUUUAGUGAGUAUGUGAAUACUGGGAAAUAUGUAACCGAGGUUGACAUUGGGGAGUUUUUAAAGCUCUUCAUAAACCAUCGACCUGCCUUUGGCAUUUCAAGAUAUGAAGUACAGAAAGCAUUUGAAUUCCUUGGCUAUGAUCAAGAGAAUGGCGAACAUUUGAUUAACCGGAAGGAGCUGUUGCAGCUGCUGCAGAGCAGGGGUGAGCACUUGACUGAGGAAGAUCUAGCAGAAUAUUUCUCAACACUUUUAGGACUAAACCCAGAAGGAGGAAGAUUUGAACCAGGCUAUGUUGAUAUAGAAGAUUCUGAAGCUUUAUUAGAAAGUGAGAUUCCAGACGAAAUCACGGCAGACAUGUUUACGGCUGACAUUCUAGGUUUGCCGGUUUAUGUCAUCGAGCCUGAGACUUCUGAGGAACAACUGACAGAUCGGGACUCGUCGCUGUCAUAGCAGAAAGGGCAGGAUGUUUGGCCUUAUACUGUAGUUGUGUAAAGAGGGUAUGGAUUUGGAAACACUUGUGCUCUUUUCAUUUCUGAAGUGUGCUACAAUUCAUUUUGUAUAUACUUUUCUUUGAAGCUUUGUCAAAUGUUUGUUGUAAUAUUUAAAAAACGAUUUUAAAUAAGACACAAUGCUUCUUUUUAAGAGUUGUCAUUAACAAAUGUGAGGAGGAAGGAAAACAUAACUAGCAGAAUUUAGCAAGUCCAUCUUCCAGCUUCUCCUAUGUUGACUUGGUUUUCUUGAUCAGAUUGAAUAUCCGAGUUCAGAAUUGCAUAGCACUACACCAUGGAUUGUCGUUGUCUCUCGGGGCUUUGUCUCCAGUUACAUGACUGACUGUGGCUCUUUCACCGUGUGGAUUUAGGCUCACUGGUGCCUCUAAAUUAUCUUAGUGGGAAUAUUUACAGUGUGCAGGGAUGGAAAUGAUUCUUGUCUGUCACCUUUACAAGUCAGGAUAUGCACUGCCACUUCUAAACACCAUAUCACAAAAAAGUGGAUGGAUAGAUAAAUAGACUUGGAGAUUACAGAAUACACAAAAAUGGUUGAGGACUGCUGAUAUGGCAUGAACUUGGGGAAAAUACACUGAUCACUAAUCUUUACUUUUGCAUAUAAUUUCUAGAGGAUGCCUGGUAUUUCUAAGAAUUCUGAGGCACAAUAAAUAAUUACAUGACACUCCUCCAGUGUGUUGUAGUGAAAGAGAACAGUUUUUUACUUAUAUAUACAGUA